AGUUUCCAGAUAAUUAAACAAAUUAUCAAACGUGCUAGAAAUGGCUAUUCGAAGGCUUUCGCAGCUCUUGCUACCUAUUCUUCUUGUUCUAUCCGUUUCUUGCAUUGCCUCAGCUUCAUCCUCAGCCCCUGACAACUUUGUUUCAUGUCUUCUAAGCCAUUCGCUCCCUUCUCACCCAAUCGGUCCAGCUAUUUACACUCCCAACAAUGCUUCAUACUCCUCCGUUUUGGAAUCCUACAUCCGAAACCUCCGAUUCAACGAAUCAUACACCCGAAAACCUUACCUUAUCAUCACUGCGUUGCAUGUAUCUCAUGUCCAACAAGCCAUCCUUUGUGCUCAGAAGCACAACUUACAGAUGAAAAUUAGAAGCGGAGGCCACGAUUACGAGGGUGUGUCGUAUGUGGCUGAAGUCCCAUUCUUCAUCCUCGACCUCUUUAACCUCCGAACCAUCAAUGUAGACAUCAAAACGGAGACUGCAUGGGUCCAGGCCGGUGCUACUCUAGGCGAAGUUUACUACAGAAUUUACGAGAAAAGCAAAGUUCAUGGAUUUCCGGCCGGUGUUUGCCCCACAGUCGGUGUUGGAGGACACUUCAGUGGCGGUGGAUAUGGUAACAUGAUGAGAAAGUACGGCUUGUCAGUUGACAACAUAGUCGAUGCACAAAUAGUUGAUGUGCAUGGAAGACUUCUUGAUCGAAAAUCUAUGGGAGAAGACCUCUUUUGGGCCAUCACCGGAGGCGGAGGAGCCAGCUUUGGAGUGGUUAUCGCGUACAAGAUCAACCUUGUACCCGUCCCAGAAACCGUGACUGUUUUCAGGUUUAUAAGAACCUUGGAACAGAACGCAACGGACAUUGUGUACCGUUGGCAAUAUGUCGCACAUAAGCUUGACAAUGACUUGUUCAUCAGGCUUACCAUGGAUGUUGUCAAUGUAACUGGCUCCCAAACUGGAGAAAAGACACUAAGAGCUACAUUCAACGCCUUGUUUCUUGGAGACUCCGCGAGACUACUGUCGGUGAUGAACAAGAGUUUCCCUGAGAUGGGUUUGAAGCAAUCUGAUUGCCAAGAAAUGAGUUGGGUUGAAUCGACCCUUUUCUGGACAAGCUUCCCAAAUGGGACAGCUCCGGAGGCUUUGCUUUCUAGAGUUCCUCAAGUACUUACCCACUUAAAGAGGAAAUCGGACUACGUCAAGCAGCCAAUUCCGAAAGCUGGUUUGAAGUGGAUUAUUCAGAAAAUGAUCGAGUUGCAGACGCCCAUGUUGACUUUCAAUCCUUACGGCGGAAGAAUGGCUGAGAUUGCAGCAUCUGCAAAGCCUUUUCCACAUAGAGCUGGGAAUCUCUGGAAGGUUCAGUAUGCAACAAACUGGGACGCUUCUGGGUCCGAAGCUGCGGAGAAAUAUAUCGAUUUGACGAGGAAGUUGUUCGAGUACAUGACUCCUUUCGUUUCCAAGAACCCGAGAGAGGCGUUCUUCAACUAUAAAGAUCUUGACAUUGGGAUCAACAACAAUGACAAGGGAAGCUACUUUGAGGGAAGAGUUUAUGGUGUCAAAUAUUUCAAGGAAAAUUUCGAUAAGUUGUGGGCAUGCAAAGAGCAUUUCUUAGCACUUAACGCCACUUACGAGACGAUAUGGAACGAGAAUAAAUUUGUCAUUCCGCCUCCCCCGGCCCGGAAGUUUCCCGCAUCUCGGCUCACCAAGGAAGACACUGGAAAAUUUUGUGGGUACCACGAGGAGGCAAGCCAUCACAUUAACAACUGCAUAGAAUUGAAAAAAGUGGUAGAGAGCCGGGUGAAAGAAGGAAAAUUGCAGCAGUAUGUGCCCGGGCAAAGGCACGUAGGGGCGAUUGAAGUAUAUGGGACGAUCAACACCAUCCAUGGUGGGUCCCGUAUAGAUAAUAGGAGCAACAAGGCAAAAAAACAGUGUAUGGGAAGGAAGGAUGGCCGGGAAGUCUUCGCCUUCAGAAGCAGCAAUAAUCAGCAGGUAACCACCUGUUGGAAGUCUGUUACCUCCCUAGAAGAGGAAGAUGAGGGAAUAAGGCCGCACGAGGAUCCAUUCCUGAUAACGUUGCAGCUCGAUCACUAUAUCAUGAAGAAGAUCCUCGUUGAUACGGGAGCCUCAGUCAACGUGUUAUUCAGGAGGGCCUGGAAAGGACUGCAUCGAGGAAGCAACAAGUUGAUGCAAGACCAUGAGCUGCUGAUCAGCUUCUCGGGCUAUAUUGUUUAG